AUGCAUUUAUUGUUUAAUGACGAUCACAUUUUAAGACCAAUAUCUGAUCAAGUUUGGGUUGAUUUGUCGGUUGCACUUCAAUAUAAAAUGUCAGCUAAGACAAUAUAUAUAGCAGUUUAUCAAAACAGGCAUGAUUGGCAAAAUAAAAUAAAACAUCUGCUAGGUAUUCAGAAUCAACAAAAUGUAAGUCCAAUAGAAACAGAAUCUACGUCUUCAUCUUCAUCAACAGAAGAAAACAAUAAUAAAAAGUUAUUUAAUUUGACUAUACCUGAUUUUUCUAACAUUUUGGUAUCAUCUGUACCAUAUAAAAGUAAAGGCAAUAUAAGAUAUUAUGAUAUAUUGAAGCCAGGGACAUGGACCGAUAUAAUAAACGAUGCGUUUUUGGCAAAUUAUAAAUUGCCAUGCUGUUUCAUUUAUAAACGUGGUAAAGUGAAUAAGGAUAUAUCAAAAAGCAAACAUUACUUAACAUUCCAAGCAACUUGUAAAGAGUGUAAAAAUGAUCUUUUUGGUUGGAGUGAUGCUAAACCAAAACCAGGUGAACCAUUACAUUUAUGUAUAUUAACAAAAAAUACUGUCGGCGAUGAAAUCAAUCAUACGACCAAAAGACCGUUGAAAGGUACUAAACGUAAAAUGGUUGGUUAUGAAUUAUCAACAGAUGUACCUUCAAAUUGGAGACGUAAACAGGUAAAAGAUUUAGAUUUUGGAAGAAUUUCACCACCAAAUCUGUACAAAAAUAAUGUGUUGAGUAAGACUAAACAAGAUUACAUAGAUAAAUCAUUAGGAGUCAUUAAUAGAAAUCCAAUUGAUUCCUUGAUUGAAUUAAAGCAUACUUCUCAGGCUGGAAAUAUUCAUCAUAUUGGCAGUGAUCCAGCUAUUAUCCAUUAUUGGACCAAUCAUCAACUUGUUAUAUAUAAAGAUAUUACUAAAAAAUAUAGUAGGCUUUUUAUUGAUGCUACCGGCAGUCUUGUAAAAAAAAUCAAACGUACGUCUCUUAAGCUACUAUCAGGUGAUAUAUUUUUGUAUGAGGCUGUUGUAAAUGAAGGUUUCGGCCAAAUUCCUGUUACCCAAAUGAUAAGUGAAAAGCAUGAUUCGAUAACUAUUUCAUAUUGGCUGGAUAUGUGGUUAAGAUGUGGACUGAGUGCCCCUAGUGAAGCCAUAUCUGAUUACUCCAGAGCACUUCUUAUGGCAAUGUGUAAAAGUUUUUGUAAUUUAAGUUUUCAAUCAUACCUUGAUGAAUGUUUUUCUGUAAUUACUGGUGAAAAAGAUAAACUGCCUUCAUGUUAUAUUAGAAUCGACGUCUCUCAUAUGAUCAAAACCUUUUGUAGACUUAAGUGUUUGUGUGGUAUCAAGAAAAAGUGUUUGAAAGAAUUUUAUGUUCGUUGUUUUAGACUUCUAUUAACUUCAACUGACCUUCACACUUUUAAAAAUGUAUUAACAGCAUUCAUGACAGUGAUGUUAAGUGAAACAGAUGGUUGGAUAGACGAAACAGAGAAUCAAGAAAAUCCAUCAGAGAAGUAUCGAGUAUAUUUGAUAAAUCUUAUGAAAGCCAUACCUGCUGAUGAAACUAGUAACAAUUACCCAGACUGUGAUACUCAAGACAAUGAAGAUAUAGGAAUUGAAAAUGCAGAUGAUAUAGAUGAAUCUUCAAAUUCAAUAACUCAAUUUAUACAGGAUAUUGAAAAUUGCAGUAAAUUAAAUGCCAGUGUUAAAGGUAACAGGAUGUCUGCGUACUUUUUACCAGAAUUAGCAAAAGACGUUAAACGAAUUUGUAAGCAUUUUCCGUUGUGGACUGCAGUUAUGCAGCAUAUAUUUAAUUCGCCAUUUAAAAUUGCUACAUCAGCCCCGGUUGAAAGCAAUUUUAAUGAGCUAAAAAAUCUAAUUUUAAGACAUGCUAGCCGCCCGAUGACCGCUGACCGUUUCAUACUUCGUCACAUCCAAAGCAUUGAUAGUAACUCAAAACUAUUUCGCAGUUCUCAACUAAGAAAUAGUGCUAUUGAUAAGAGUCCAACAACUACUAUAUCGUCAGUUGAAAGUGAUUGUGUGUCUAAUAAUCCUUUUUUAUCAUCUGAUGAUGAUAUAGAAAAUUGGCGUGGUAAAGGUGAAGAACCAAUUACAAGCUUAACAUUGAAAAGUAAUAACAAAAGACAAAAAAUAUUCCCCACUUCUAAGGAUACUGCUACAAAAAUUGAGUCUGAAGCAAACACAAACAUAGCAAAACAAUUAUUUGAUAAUUUAAGUUCAUCUUCAAUUUCCGACGAUAAUGAAGAAAUUACAUUCAUUGAUACAUUUUCCAAUUCCCAGAUCAUGCAUAAAAGUAAAACCAGUGAAAUACCUAACAACGACAUACAAGGUGUUCUUAAAAAAAAAGUCAAAGACCAAAAAGCAGACCCACAAAGUAUAUGCAACCAACACCUGAGAUUGAACGAGUUUUAUGUGAUCGAAACAUAA